GUGAUGGGCAUAGUAAACAUCCUUUAAAUUUCAGCCCCAACAGACCGACCCAAAAGACAAAGGGAAGGUGUAUAGAGAGUUGGCAUGGCAAAGUUGGUGGUGCUGCAACAAAAACAACCUUCCUUCUCUCUUCUCCCUGCCUCUCUCUCUGACUUCAAUGGCACCAGACUCCACACUCAAAUUCAGUUGAAAAGAAAGGUAUGGAAGCCGAAAGGAGCAUUACGCAUCUCAGCAUCAAGCACCAAGAAGAUUCUCAUAAUGGGAGGCACCAGAUUUAUUGGUUUGUUUUUGUCACGACUCCUUGUCAAAGAGGGUCAUCAGGUGACUUUGUUUACCAGAGGAAAAGCACCCAUCACUCAACAAUUGCCGGGGGAAUCUGAGAAGGAUUAUACUGAUUUUUCUUCAAAGAUCUUGCAUUUGAAAGGAGACAGGAAGGACUUUGAAUUUGUCAAAGCCAGUCUCUCAGCUGAAGGCUUUGAUGUUGUUUAUGACAUAAAUGGACGAGAGGCAGUUGAAGUUGAACCCAUACUGGAUGCACUACCAAAGCUAGAACAGUAUAUAUACUGUUCUUCAGCCGGUGUCUACCUCAAGUCUGAUUUACUACCCCACUUUGAGACUGAUGCAGUUGAUCCAAAGAGCCGGCACAAGGGAAAGCUUGAGACAGAGAGCUUGCUGGAAUCAAAGGGUGUCAAUUGGACUUCUAUAAGGCCAGUCUACAUCUAUGGACCAUUGAACUAUAACCCUGUUGAAGAGUGGUUUUUCCACCGAUUGAAAGCUGGUCGCCCAAUCCCAGUCCCCAACUCAGGAAUGCAAAUAACACAACUAGGUCAUGUUAAGGACUUGGCAAGAGUUUUUGUUCAGGUUCUGGGCAAUGAAAAGGCCAGCAAGGAAGUCUUCAACAUUUCUGGAGAAAAAUAUGUCACAUUUGAUGGAUUAGCAAGAGCCUGUGCAAAGGCUGCCGGAUUUCCUGAGCCUGAGAUCAUUCACUACAAUCCUAAGGAAUUUGAUUUUGGCAAAAAGAAGUCAUUUCCAUUCCGCGAUCAGCAUUUCUUUGCAUCUGUUGACAAAGCAAAGAGCGUGCUUGGGUGGAAACCUGAAUUUGAUCUAGUGGAAGGCCUUGCGGACUCCUACAACCUAGACUUUGGUCGGGGAACUUUCAGGAAAGAGGCUGAUUUCUCCACAGAUGACUUGAUUCUUGGCAAGAGUCUUGUUCUCACUUAGACCAUUCCUGUCUUUGAUUCCUUUGUAGUGUUUCCUCCUUUCAUCCAACUUUCCACUCAAGUUGAGAAGGAAUAACUGCACAAAUGCCAGGUUUUGUAGUGGCACAAUCCCAUCACUAGUUUCAACUCUUUGUGGUCAUGUACGAGAUAAAAAAUAUAUAUAUAUAUGAAUCUGCAUAAAUUAACUGCA